GAAUAAAUAGAAUGUCUUAAUUCUCUCCACCUUGUCCGAAAACCUCAAACUCAAAAAGAGAAUACCAAAAGGUUAUUAAAAAAACGGCUUUUUUUCUCCCGCCGGCGUUUUGACAGUCGUCGUCACUGUUACCGUCUUGAAACAAUACUACUUCAAUUAAAAAGUUCAAAGAGCAGAGAGAUCUUUGUAUCUUCUUUCAUUCUCAUCUCUUCUUCUCCUUUCUCCAAUUAUUUUACACAAAUAAUAUUUUAAUUUAUGUAAGAUCUCCCCGAAUAAAAAAAUGAGGCAAUGGUUGCCAUCAUAACGUGUAUCAGUAGUAGUGCCGAUGUAUUUGGUCUCACGACCCCUUCCUCUUCUUCUCCUCCUCCUUCCGUAACCAAUUUGCGCAACACGACCACAUGUGACUUCGUCUGUCAGAAAAAAAUCUCUUUAAUUAAAAAGCGUUUUACUUCUUCCAAACAUCUGCGGAAGAUCUGAAGCUCAACUUUCCUCUGUUACGGUCUCUCAGGGAUCUGCCGGCUACAAAAGUCCGGUGGAUAUUUAAUAUAAUCACUAGACGACGAUCAUGGCGUCUAAUAACCAUUUCACCAACAGUCGAUCCAACCUCUCAACAAACUCCGACGCCGCCGAAGCCGCAAGAAACCACCAGCAGCCGCCCGGCGUGACAUUCGCUCGGAGAACUUCCUCCGGACGCUACGUCAACUACUCGAGAGAUGAUCUCGACAGCGAACUCGGAAGCGUCGAUUUCACAAACUACACGGUCCACAUCCCACCGACUCCAGACAACCAGCCCAUGGACCCUUCCAUCUCCCAAAAGGUCGAGGAGCAGUACGUGUCAAGCUCCUUGUUCACGGGAGGUUUCAACAGCUUGACGCGCGCUCAUCUCAUGGACAAAGUGAUCGACUCCGAGACGAAUCAUCCGCAGAUGGCGGGGGCUAAAGGGUCCUCUUGCGCUAUCCCUGGUUGUGAUGUGAAGGUGAUGAGUGACGAGAGGGGCCAAGAUCUUUUGCCUUGUGAGUGUGAUUUCAAGAUUUGUAGAGAUUGCUUUGUGGACGCUGUGAAGACAGGAGGUGGGAUCUGUCCCGGGUGUAAGGAGCCUUACAGGAACACGGAUCUAACAGACUUGGCUGAGAACAAUAACAAGGGGCAGCAGCAAAGGCCUAUGCUUCCUCCACCUUCUUCUGGUGGUGGGUCCAAGAUGGAGAGGAGACUGUCGUUGAUGAAGUCAACUAAGUCCGGUUUGAUGAGGAGUCAAACCGGGGAUUUUGAUCAUAACCGGUGGUUGUUUGAGACUAGUGGGACUUAUGGUUACGGUAAUGCUUUUUGGACGAAAGAUGGGAACUUAGGUAGUGAGAAGGAUGGUAGUCACGGUAUGGGGCCUCAGGAUCUGAUGAGCAGACCGUGGAGACCGCUUACUCGGAAGCUCCAGAUUCCUGCAGCGGUUAUUAGUCCUUACAGGCUUUUGAUAUUUAUAAGGAUUGUUGUUCUUGCACUGUUCUUGAUGUGGAGGAUUAAGCACCAGAACCAAGAUGCAAUAUGGCUAUGGGGGAUGUCUGUGGUUUGUGAGCUUUGGUUCGCCUUCUCUUGGCUUCUUGAUCAGCUUCCGAAGCUGUGUCCCAUCAACCGAGCUACUGAUCUCAACGUUCUCAAAGAGAAAUUCGAAACUCCCACAACGAGCAACCCGACAGGGAAGUCUGAUCUCCCUGGACUAGACAUGUUUGUAUCAACAGCAGAUCCGGAGAAAGAGCCUCCUCUCGUCACUUCCAACACCAUUUUAUCCAUCCUAGCUGCCGACUACCCUGUGGAAAAGCUUGCCUGCUAUGUCUCAGACGACGGAGGAGCGCUUCUGACGUUUGAAGCCAUGGCUGAAGCAGCUAGUUUCGCAAACAUAUGGGUUCCUUUCUGUCGUAAACACAACAUCGAGCCGAGGAAUCCGGAUUCUUAUUUUAGUCUGAAGAGAGAUCCUUACAAGAACAAGGUGAAGGCUGAUUUCGUGAAGGAUAGGAGGAGGGUGAAGCGUGAGUAUGAUGAGUUUAAGGUUAGGAUCAACGGCUUGCCUGACUCUAUCAGGCGACGUUCUGAUGCUUAUCACGCGAGGGAAGAGAUUAAGGCCAUGAAGGAGCAGAGACAGAACAGAGAGGAUGAGAUUGUGGAGCCGGUUAAGAUUCCUAAAGCUACUUGGAUGGCUGAUGGUACUCAUUGGCCUGGAACUUGGAUUAACUCUGCUCCUGAUCAUUCUCGUAGUGACCAUGCUGGUAUCAUUCAGGUGAUGUUGAAGCCUCCUAGUGAUGAACCACUACAUGGAGACUCUGAAGGGUUCUUAGAUCUUACAGAUGUCGACAUUCGUCUUCCUCUUCUGGUCUAUGUCUCGCGUGAGAAACGACCAGGUUAUGACCACAACAAGAAAGCAGGAGCCAUGAAUGCAUUAGUCCGAGCUUCCGCAAUCAUGUCCAACGGUCCAUUCAUACUAAAUCUCGACUGUGAUCAUUACAUAUACAACUCUCAGGCUUUGAGAGAAGGAAUGUGUUUCAUGAUGGACCGUGGCGGCGACCGCCUUUGCUACGUUCAGUUCCCGCAACGUUUUGAAGGUAUUGACCCAUCUGAUCGGUACGCUAAUCACAACACUGUCUUCUUCGAUGUCAACAUGAGGGCUCUCGACGGUUUGAUGGGUCCGGUUUACGUUGGAACGGGUUGUCUCUUCAGAAGAAUCGCUUUGUAUGGAUUCGACCCGCCGCGGUCUAAAGAACACAGUCCUGGAUUCUGUAGCUGUUGCUUCCGUCGCAAGAAAAAGAAGAGCCGUGUCGCUGAAGAAAACAGAUCAUUGAGAAUGAGUGGCGGUGGUGGUGACUCGGAUGAUGAUGAAGAGAUGAGUCUUUCUUUGGUUCCUAAAAAGUUCGGAAACUCGACGUUCCUUAUAGAUUCGAUCCCUGUCGCCGAGUUCCAAGGCCGUCCGCUCGCCGACCACCCGGCCGUGCAGAACGGACGGCCUCCUGGAGCUCUCACCAUCCCUCGCGAGCUUCUCGAUGCGUCGACGGUGGCGGAAGCUAUAGCAGUCAUCUCAUGCUGGUACGAAGAUAAAACCGAGUGGGGGUCGAGGAUCGGUUGGAUCUACGGGUCAGUCACUGAAGACGUUGUCACCGGUUAUAGGAUGCAUAACCGUGGCUGGAAGUCAGUUUACUGCGUGACGAAAAGGGAUGCAUUCCGCGGCACGGCUCCUAUAAACUUGACGGAUAGGCUUCACCAGGUUCUCCGCUGGGCUACUGGCUCGGUGGAGAUCUUCUUCUCGAGGAACAACGCCUUCCUCGCUUCCCCGAGGAUGAAGAUCCUCCAGAGAAUCGCUUACCUUAACGUCGGAAUCUAUCCUUUCACUUCGAUCUUCCUCAUCGUCUACUGCUUCCUCCCCGCGCUCUCGCUCUUCUCAGGACAGUUCAUAGUCCAAACACUCAACGUCACUUUCCUCAUCUACCUUUUGAUUAUUUCGAUUACUCUCUGCUUGCUCGCUCUCCUCGAGAUCAAAUGGUCAGGAAUCUCAUUGGAAGAAUGGUGGAGAAACGAGCAGUUCUGGCUUAUUGGAGGAACAAGCGCUCAUUUAGCUGCGGUUAUCCAAGGACUGCUCAAAGUGGUGGCUGGAAUCGAAAUCUCUUUCACGUUGACGUCUAAAUCAGGAGGAGACGACGUGGACGACGAGUUUGCGGAUCUUUACGUAGUGAAAUGGACGUCUCUGAUGAUCCCACCGAUCACGAUCAUGAUGGUGAAUCUAAUCGCUAUCGCGGUCGGGUUUAGCAGGACGAUAUAUAGUGUGAUUCCUCAGUGGAGUAAGUUGAUAGGAGGAGUGUUUUUCAGCUUCUGGGUGUUGGCUCAUCUUUAUCCUUUUGCUAAAGGGCUUAUGGGGAGAAGAGGAAAGACUCCGACCAUUGUUUAUGUUUGGUCGGGACUUGUUGCUAUCACUAUUUCGCUGCUUUGGGUUGCUGUUAACCCACCUGCUGGUUCUACUCAAAUUGGAGGAUCGUUCACGUUUCCGUGAUGAAUAGAGUCUUACAAGAAGGAGAUUGGUCAAGGUCCUCAAGGACAUAAAGUAUAGUUGUCACGUAAAGCAAGUCAAAAACUAAGAACUUGUCUCAUUGUCUAUUUUCUUUUUUCUUGCUGGAAAAGGACAUUUUUUAAUUUGUCUUUUCAAAUUUUUGUAAUAUUUGAUUUGUUGGUGGAAUCGUUUACGUUGCUACUGGAAUAUUAUAUGAAAUGAAAUGAAAUUCAUCA